AUGGACAAGAUCAUUGGGAUUUCCGAAGAUGAAUUGCUAGUGAAGAUUCUAUCGUUUCUUCCAACGAAAGAUGCUGUAAGCACAGGUGUUUUGUCGAAGCAAUGGAAGUAUCUUUGGAAGCGGGUGCAAAAACUUGACUACGAUGACACUCAUAUCAAAACUAAACCAUCUCGGUUCCGGCGUUUCGUUAAAAGCAAUUUGCUAAUAGAUAGAGAAUCUGACUUAGAAAGCUUGUCUCUCAAGUUUAGUACUAGACCGUUUCAAGUUGAAGAUAUAUAUUCUUGGGUCAGAUUCGCAGUUUCUCGUGGCGUACGUCAUCUGAGUAUUGCCUAUUCUUCUGAUAAGGAGUGGUAUACUCCGAUUUACUUGUUUACUUGCAAAUCGCUAGUUUCCUUGAAACUCGAAGGGCAGAUUUCAGUGUCUUGCCAAGAUUUCCUUCAAUGGGUUCGAUCUAACUGCCCUGUUCUUGAGAAUCUGACUUUGAAAAUCAUUAAUAAAAAACGUGACAGCACGGAAGAAUUAAGUAUUAACGUCCCGUCUCUGCAAAGUUUAUCUGUUGAGAUAGAUGGUGAAUCUGAUUUUGACGGAUAUUUGGAGGAAGCAUAUAUCGAUGUUGUAUCCCCCAACACAAAGAAGUUACUCGAACCAAUCGCAUCCGUCAAGCGUCUUUUAUUAUGCUUAACAGUCAACAGUGCUCAGCCUAACGCUACUUUUCUUAUUCUCAAGGAACAUUCACCUAUCAGUAGGACUCCAAUGGUUAACUGGAAGAAUCAACUGAGCUGUGUUCCUCAAUGUAUUGUGACGAGUCUCGAAACUUUCAAGUGGAUAGGGUGUGAAGGAAGACAAGAAGAAAUAGAUGUGGUCGCAUACAUCUUGAACAAUGCUCCUUGCUUAAAGACUGCAACAGUCUUGGCUGAUGAGUCAAAAAUUGAUCCGCAAAGAAAAAUAGAGAUGAUUAAUGAGUUGGUAUCUUCUUCCCUCGCUUCAGCCACAUGCAAGCUCACGUUGAAUGGAUCAUUUGCUGAAUAG